UUGCGUUCGACUCUGCCGCGGAAACGCAGAUAAAAAUAAGUAAAUAAAUCACCCAGCCUCCUUCUGCCCGGCCAUAAAACGGAGGUCGGGCAUCAUGGGGAUGGCACAGUCGUCUUCGUCUUCCUCGCGCCCCUCCGACUCCGAGCAGCUAGAGGAGCCCAGCAAGCCGGUCAUGGCGCUCGACAAGGCCAAGGAGAUCGUCGCCUCCUCCCCCGUCGUCGUCUUCAGCAAGACUUAUUGCCCUUUCUGCGCCCGAGUGAAGCGAUUGCUGGCAGAGCUGGCAGCAAGUUACAAGGCUGUUGAAUUGGAUGUGGAAAGUGAUGGGUCUGAGCUGCAGUCAGCUCUUGCCGAUUGGACUGGACAGAGAACUGUUCCUUGUGUCUUCAUUAAAGGGAAACAUAUUGGUGGCUGUGACGAUACCAUGGCGAUGCACAAAGGAGGGAACUUGGUCCCUCUGCUGACGGAGGCAGGAGCAAUCGCCACUCCUUCCCUGUAGAUAAAUACCUUUGCCAAAACGUGUUUGUGGUGUGUCAAUGUCAUAGAAUAAAGGCGAAUAUAUAUGGGGACUUCCACUGUCAGAACAACUUAUUGCUGAUAGUAGUAGCUUUGGGUGACUUUCAAGCCUGUAUGCAGCACUACUCUAGCUAAUAACUCAUUUUGUAUGAUUUCAUUGGUAGCAAUAAAUAUGAUUAGUGCGUCCUGUGAAUGA